AUGUAUUACGGAGGAAGAAAGACGGAAGAAAAUGCCUUUGAAUUUUUCAUCGUGAGCGGGGCAACUCUAAACAAAUAUUCUUACAACCCAGCCAGUAAUGUCAUCAGUUUGCAAGACGUCCUAAAAAUGUCAGACAUUGAGGCUGAAAAUGCAGAGAUUGAAGAAGUCGCGUUUGAUCAGCCGAUGGACGACAAGAAGCAGUGGAUUUAUUUGACGUUCAAGCAACACGCAUCCAUUAUUGAUGUCACAGGAAGAGUUCACGGUACGAAGAAACACCUCCAUAAGCACCGAAUCAGUGCAAUUGUUGCAUAUGGAUCGUCCGAAUUUGUGGUAACUGGUGAUGAAAAAGGCAUUUUAAAAAUGUGGGGAACUCGAUGGGCGCUUAUCACAGAAAUUCAUCCGCAAACAGCCAAAAUCACUCAUCUAAUUGAACAUCCGAAUGGACGUGCUGUACUUUCAUUUUCAGCAGACCAGACAAUUUUUGCAUGGAGUUUAGACAGCAAACUUAAGUUAGAAUCCAUGAAAUGUCCUGAAAUAGUGGAAAGAAUUGCAAUAAACACGGAAAGAAAGGCGUUUAUAAUUUCUGGACCAAGAAAAUUGGUGUUAUUCAAGAUGGACGUAUUAUUUUUUCCACUUUCCCAAAUGAGUGCACCUCUAAGCAGCGUGGGAUUAACGUGGAACCCAGAAUUUCCCAUCAGAACCGUCGUCUACACCCAAGACAACGCCGUAAGAAUAAUUAACCCUGUGUCAGGUCGAAUACUUAAAUCUGCACUUGUCAACCCACCCAAACCACAAUUAAGCAGUUUAGUGUACAUACCUCAAUAUGAAACAAUCUACGUCCUGAAGACGUCAGCAGAGGAUCCAAACUCACUGGAAAUCCAAAUUUUUGAUGGCACACAGAACCCAUGCCGAAUUAAGGAGACUUGGAGUGAGAUGAAAUGGGAUACUUCAGUGACAGCAAUUGCUUUGUUUGAUUAUCAUAAAAGUCUCAUUGUUCCCGAAAAAGGACUGCUCUUCACUGCAAAAAAACAAGCUGAAAUUACAGAAGCUGUGACUUUCCUUAUUGCUGGAACGCGAGACGGUUGUCUAUGUAGAAUUGACCCAAUAUCCGGUCACCUUGAAUACAAAACUGAAUGUCACAAGGGCCAAGUGAACCAAAUUGAGAUAAACCCGGAACUCAGCCAAUUUAUUAGUUUGGGAGCUGAGCCCUCGCUCAGAUUGUGGAAGGUAGAGUUGUCCAAAGAGGAGCAAUUCGUGCCCCUACUCGACAUUUCAUGGAAAUAUCCGAUAAGACAUGUCGCCCAUGUUCGAGAAGUUCUAGCCUUCGCAUUAUCACAUCAUGAUUCUGGCAGCCACAAAGUUGUAAUGUUCAACACAUCUGAAACCGAACGGCACGACCACAGGCAGCACUUUGCCCAUGCUAAGGAAAUCCUCUCACUCUCGUCAUGCAGAGAAUUGAUGCUGUUUUGCUCAGCUUCAAAAGAUGAGACGAUUCGAGUUUGGAAUGAAAAAGCAGAACUUGUUCGGCUUCUUGUUCUCAACUGGUGCCCUUCGUGUGCUGGAUUUGGAACGAGGCAGGGGGAUAUUCUGGUCGGAAUUGAUAACAAUCUUCACGUGAUACCCGCGGACAAAUACUUGUCGGUAAUCUACAGGAAUCGGGCCCUGAUGGACGGACUCACAGCGGGGGAGAAGGAGGGGGCGACUCCACUGAAUGCGGCGAGGUCGGGCCAGGACCCGAGGAUGUACCUCGUUCUUGAGGAGGAGGAUCGGUUUGAGAGGGAAGCCAAGGAACGGGAGAAGGAGCGGGACAAGGACAAAAGCAAAAAGCCUGCCGAACAUGCAAAGGAGCAGCGCCGGAAGCAGAGCGAGACAGACUUUAUGGAAGAAAAAAUCCCUCCUAUCGGACCAUUUCAUGAGCCCAAAGACUCCCAGAGGUCGCAAGACUACGCCAAGUACGCCUUCUUGGAAGAAGACCUCAAACAAAUUGUAGAAGGCAAUCACCAGUUUUCUAUCUAUGUGCCAGACUUUCGAAAAAUGACAAAAAAGCAGUUAGACGACUAUGGGAAGACUAUUUUCCCUGAAGAUGGGAACAAAAGAAAAAUGUUUGCCUCCGAGUCGAGGAUUGAUUGUUUGCAUGAGAUGGAGAAACAUGCCAAAGACAUUGGUAACAACGAAGGCAACAUUUGAACAGGCCCGAUUUCUGCAAACUAAUUGAUUACGCAAAGUAGGUAUUCUUGUACAUUAGUGUGCAAUUUAAGUGUAAUGACCUGGGGCAUUUUGCAUACCUUGAUUUACAAAUAUAAAUAUGACAAUAAAUUUAAAUAAGAGCAGCUCCAUACAGUGAGAUGCCUCAGUCAUUAACCACGGCAAAUUUUGUUGUAUGCAAAUCUUGUAAAACUGUACGUAGCUACAUAUGUGAUUUUAAGAUGAUGCGGAAGAUAUAGUCAGUGGUCGACAUUUACUGCCCAGUGUCCCGAUUUCCAUACUAGAGAAUUUCUUUAUGGAAAUGAGACGUACUUAUGAUGUGACAGGAGAACCUAAAAUAUAUGUUGGCAUUUAUUCUCUCUAAUAAGCAAAGAAUGCCGGCUUUUUCUUAUUUCCAGUGCAGUUCUCUUCUGUCAGCUUCCCAUCAACCAUACAUUGAUUAGUGAGUGAGCAAUGAGGAAUAUGUACUUUCCCUCAAAAUAUUAAAAGUGGAUCGUAGUGAAUCUGGAUCACUAAUUUCAAAUACUCACAAAAUUGGUUGUGCAGCAGUUGUUUUUGAUAAAUGCUCACUAUAUUGCUGACACCACCCCCAUUAACUCACAAAUACACAUAUACAUAGUCACGACGAAAAUCGUCUUUUCCCUGGUGUAACUUUAAUAUUUAAUGAACAUAACUAAAAGCGCAAUUUAUUUUGGACUUAUUUGCUCGUCCAAUAAUUUAUUUACAUAAAAAACAGUAAAGGUCUACAUAUAAUAAACUUUUAAACAUUUGGUGAGUACUUUGUUACAUAAUGCCAUUAAUAAUAUAGAUUAAUAUGCACGUAUGAUAUGCUGAGCUGACCAUUACUGAAUUAUCUAGGUGCUGUGUAAGUCAUAUAAAUUAUUUAGGUUAAAUCAAAUCCUUUGAUUCAAAUCCAAAUCAAGUCCACCAUGAUUUAAUUUUGUAUAAUUCAUGAAUGUUGUGAGGGGGAAAGUGGAAAACGUUAAACUAUGUAAAUACAAAUACGAUUCCUUAAUUUAA